CUCUCAUCGCCACUGACAAGCAACAGCAUCUCACCGUUAACCUUCUCAAUCAGAUCAUCGACAUGCACGGAUUCAAGAAAAUCCACAACACUGCAAAGAAAGUUCUGAUCGAUGCAGUGAACUCAAUGGAGCUGAUGGAUCCGAGUCGCUCAACACUAAACGAAGAAAACGUGUCUUCAGGCGCGCAUAUGACUCUGGAGGAGGCGAUCAAAGACCUGGCGGACCUCAAAUGGCAAGAAUGCUGCGUCACUUCCAUCCAAACCCUAAAUUCGGUGAACUACGACCUGGUCGUACACAACACCGAUGCUGAAGCUGAGUCAUCGAAACCGAAGCUUAAACAGAAGACGAGGUCCAGGAAGCGGCGCAAGUUUUUGACACUGGGAGCCGCCGGGGGUGACAGCGCUGACACAGCCACAGCAGCCGCAGCCGCAGCUCACGGUUGCGGCUACUUUGGAGGCUCAAAUUUGAUCACUGAGACUGAGAGGACGAGGACAACUGACUUCAACGACGAUGAUUUUGGUGCUACCGGCGGUGACUGUAGUGAGUACUCUUCGACUUUUCUCCCCAUUGCACCGUAUUAGAGAGAGAGAGAGAGAGAGAGAGAGAGAGGUAAUCAACUGGACGAAUUGUAUAGAUAGAAACUGCAAUGGUUGGUGUUUUAGACAGACUAUUAUUGAGAGUGCGUGA